UUACACGGUAGCCAUGGUAACGCCAGACAGAUUGGCGAGCUGGUCUCGUUUACCUGCCGGAGACUGGCAGGUGGUCUCCACUUGAUCAUCGCAAGGACAUCGUUGCCGUCGAGUCCAGCGUCUGUUGCUGCUGUUUUCAUCGGUCCGUGAAUAGUCUUUGAUCUCUUCCGUCUCUGAAACCUUUGCCACGCAUGAACGAAGGAGAAAGCGAGGACCAAGCCAGGAGAUCAUAGAUCUUUGCUGUGCCAUCGUGUCAGUGGUUUGUGAAGAGCAAACUUCUCAGUUAGACUUCAGAGGCAGGCACAGAGUCGGCAGUGCGAUGGGUUGGAGCUGAGGGCACUCUCCCGACAGGACAUGGCUACCAUCGCCUAGACUGGUGCUGACUUUGCCCAAUGUCUGCCAGUCACGGUCUGGAGGUCACUCUGGACUGUCCCUGUAAUCUUUUAGCAGAGGUGUACAACUCAGUUCAAACUUUUAUAGUUCUUGACUGGUAGGUUAUUGUGGUGAGAAGUCUGUAGCAUCAUCUGAUAGUAAGUUUUCUGCAUGAGGCGGUUUGCCAGAUGGUAACAGCGAAUGUACUGUGAAGAACUGGAGACCAACAGGGGGCACGUGCAUGUGUGAGGUGCGGAGGGCGUGAAGGUCAGGCUGCACGUGACCCCCGUCAUGGAAGAGUGCAGUCCAGCCGGCGAGGACAUCACCUCGGAUCACGGGCCGCUUUACAGGGCCAGGCUUGUCGUGUUAGGCCUGGGGCGAUGUGGCAAGACCAGCCUGGUGCAGUCUCUGCUGCAUGUUGCCCCUCACACCCAGGAUGCCCCUACAGAGGGUGUCAACAUGCACAUAUGGCACCCCUUCCGGGAAGAUGGACUACAGCGACAACUAAGCCGAAAGCUGACCGGUGAGGAGGACCAUCUGGUGGUGGAGGUGUGGGACACUACUGGGCGACAGGUUUGCCAGGCCGUGCACGCCCUGUUCUUGUCCACCAGAACUGUCUGUGUCAUUGUGUACGAUGUCACCGACUCUGGGUGUGUGGACAGGGUGCUUGCGUUAUAUAGCAUUCUGCAGCAAAAGGGUGUCAGCACGCCGGUGGUGAUUGCGGGCACGAAGACGGACCGACUGGAUCACGCCUCCGCGUCUGAAGAGGCUCGACUAAGGGAGAGAAUUCACCAGACGCUAAAGCAGUAUUCUGAUUCUCAUCUACAAGAGAUGUUGACAGAGGCCAAUGACAUCAGGUGGAGGAGGAGCUGGGGGAGGGAGAGACAAUUAAUCUAACACUUUUGGGGUAGACCAUGCUCGAAUCCUGUAAUGGAACUUGCUGAAGUGAUGAUGAAGCCAUCUUACCAAGGGAUAUUCGUGAUCUUACCACUCGUAAAAUUAUAUAAGCCAGAUGGGACAUGAACAGAUUGACAGCUAUCUCCGCAGUUUUGAAAUUAAAGAAAAAAUGCAGCUCUGACUGUUUAUAAAAUAUGCGAAAAUGCAGUGUCAGAUUAUCUCCAAAACUGAAACAGUAUCGCCUUAAUAGGCCCCUGCUGGUUCCAAUAUGGCGGCUAGUUUACUUCAAGCAGAAUCAGUUAAGGUUUACUCAUUACAGUUUCAGAUCAAUGGGGCAGACACAGGUGACGUAGAACACACAUGACAGUGGUAGGAACAUAGGCUAUUAUGGGAUUCAGGUACACGGUAUCAAUGGUUUGGGUUUUUUUUUUAUUUGUUUGGAGGACGUGUUUGGAUGGUUGUAAUUAAUGUUCUUCGGCGAUAAUGAUUAGGCUUAUUCCAAAAUGAAUUUCGUGUUUUUCUGCAGUUUUUGAAACUACUUAAAAGGAAUAUCAAGAUGCCACAAGUCACAUGAUUUGUGACAUCACGUUCUCAUACAGGCGUUCUAUUCCUUUCAAUUCAUAAACUGUUGCUUUGAGUUCUCAGACCGCUCCUUUCACCUCAAAAACUGUUCCAAAAUGUCCAGCUUAGCUCACAAGCUGCUCUGUCGUUUCCACAGGAUGCUGCUGAAUGAACUCAAACGGCCACCGGACAAAGACGAGACCAACUCCAGCAAGCGACAGACGCAGGCCGCGGGAAGUGGCGAUGACGUCAGCGAGGAGAGUUUGCGCCUGCGCGUGGAGGCUCUGGAGCAGAC